AUGCAAGAAAAACCUCAAUUAAUAUUGUGCACCGAGGAAAAUAUGGAUGACUACAAAGAACCUAAUUUAGAGGAGAGUGUUGAAUUUGUGGAAAUAAAACAUGAUUUUUGUGAUUCAAGACCUCAAAGACAUAGCUUACCUGAGAGUCUAAGCUAAAAUAUUUUGACAUAAAUCAAUGAACUUCAUGAGUUCUUACCACAUAAAGAAAUGUAAAUCAAGGUGUAAGAAAUUACGAAAAAAGAAAAUAGAAAAUUCACAAUUCGAGUUUAUUAUUUCGUAAAAAGGUUCCUUACUAAAUUAUCAGUGAGUAGAAGACAUAAAUUAUUCUUUAAAAGCAUACAUUUUCAAAUUGUUGGCGAUAAAGCUAGUGGAGAAUUGGAGAAAUUAGGAUAAAUCAAAAAGACAGAUAAAAAAAGAAAAAGAAAUGAAAAUACAUUUUCAUGCUAUAAUCCUUUGACUGGCCUAUUGAAAGUGCUACCGAUAAUCUAUCCUUAAUCGGUAUCCAAAAUUAUCUGGGAUUUAUGUUUGUGCAUAGUCUUGAUUUACUUCUUCAUUAUGAUUCCAUUAGAAUUAGCUUUCAACAAUUCAAUCAUGUACUUCUAGUCUAUUUGGCUAACUGUUCCCUUCUAUUUGUUCCUAAUAAUCGAUUACCUCAUGAAAAUGAACACAGUCUACUAUGAAUAUGGAUAACCAAUAAUAGAUAGGUCAUUGAUUUUCAACAACUAUUUGAAACAAGGCUUAUUAAUAGACGGCAUUUCAUUAAUAGUAUUACUUUGCGGCUUUUUUAAUGAUUACUUUAUUCAAAGUCGAUGGCUCAACCUUUCAUUAAUACUCUUCAUUACCCAAUAUCAUUACUUCGCCUAGGUGGUUAGAAAUAUGGAAGAAUCCAUCCAUCUGAGUAAGACUCAAUCGUCAAUUGUGAAUUUAGCCAAAUUGAUUUUCACAAUCCUCUACUUUCUACACAUUUAUAGUUGUUUGUGGUAUUUUAUAGGUUCAUAUGCCAACGAAAUAGGGAUGGUUAAUUGGCUGGAUAGUCGUCAUCUUUCGGAGGCACCUUAUGAAACUCAAUAUUUGGAGGCUUUUUACUUCUCGACUGUGACGAUGAUUAGUGUGGGAUAUGGGGACAUCGUGCCUUUAAAUGCCUUAGAGAAGAUUUGUACAAUCCUUUUUAUGUUCACUACUUGUGUGUAACUGUCAUUCAGUGUAAAUACUGUAGGAGAGAUAUUAAAUUCAAUUAGUUUGUCUACUGAAAAUACUACUGAAAAGAUUAGAAUUAUUAAUAAGUUCAUGAAUAGAAAGAAAAUCAGCUUUGAAUUGCAAUAUUAAAUAAGGGAAUACAUCAAAAUAUAUUGGAGUCAAUAAUUGCAAUAAGAAAAUGAGGAGGAGGAGAAAUUAAUCACUUCCCUAUCGGAGAAUCUAAAGAAUAAAUUAAUACAUGAGGCUAAUUUCUCAAUCAUUGAAAAGUGUGAUUUAUUUCAACAAACCUUUUCUGUUGACACCAAAUAAAAAUUAAUCAAAUUGUUCAAAACAGUGCUCAUAACUCCAGAAUAGACCAUCACUUGUGAAUUACCAGAGUACAAUGAACCCUGUUUGUGUUUCAUUGAUUAAGGAACAUUGAAUAUUUGUGCCAACAUUACAGAUCAAUCUGAAGGUAUAACAUUUUCUUAAGGCUAAUUCUUUGGAUUGGAAGAACUGCUAACUGGUCAAUAGCCGCAAUUAUAAUUACAAUCUUUGUCAUUUGUUAAGUUAUUAAUCUUAACGAGAACUGAUUUUAUUAAUACUUUAAGGGAUAAUCCAUAAGAUUAUGAAUCCUUUUGUUAAAUGAAAGACGAAAUACUGUUGCACUAAAGAGAUUCCAAGACCAAAUGCAAAUCUUGCAAUUGUAUGGGUCAUGAUAUCUAAAAUUGUCCCAUUGUUCAUUUUGUGAUUGACAAAGAAAGAGUCAUCAAAUCGUAUUAAUUCCAAUCGGAACAAAUAAGGGUGAAAGGUAUGAGAAAUAGAUGUCGAAUAAGAAACUAAUUUAAUGCUAUUUUUGAUCAAUGGUUUCUACAGGAAAUUGCAUCUAUGAUGAAGAAUCACGAAGACCUACCUAUUGUUCAAUUCUAUGGAAUCCAAUGUGUAGAUGAUUCUGAAAUCAAAUCUCCACAAUAAUAAUUGCUAUAAUCUAAAGAUUCUAUGAUCACCAAUGACCGGGGAUCGUUUAGUUAUGUUGAUUAGGUUAUUCAAAAUGCAGUCAGUCCUUCGCCUCCAAAGAUAUUUGAUCACUCCAUUUUUCAUCCUUAGAGUAAAGUUUAAAGAAGAAAUUAUCCUAAAUAGAGCAUUAGAAUCAAGAACUUUGGUAUUAAGAUUAAAUUCCAAAAAAUUAUAAAGAAGGUUAUGAAAAUGCAAAACUAUUCAAAAGCUUUUAAAAGACAAAACGAUAUAGAAUCAAACCAUAGAUUUAAUAAAAACAUUAAAUUCAUUGUAGAUAAUUAUUUUAAAACAAAUUCAAUAAAAGAUUAUUUAAAUAAAGUUGAGUAUGAAAAUCUUUACUUUCUCAAAAUGAAAUGUGAUUUAAUUUAAUAUUCAGAACUUGUUUUAUCCAAGCCUUUUGAGAUAUAAAAAGAAUAUUAAAUAUAUUAAGUACAUAAUAAUUUAUCCCAUGUAAUUAAGAAGUCAGAUGUGUUUUUAGAAUAAUAAAAGAGUAGAAUAUCGUUUAAAUAGGAAACACCCAAAAAUGAUAAAUUAAUUAAGUUGAACUAAGAAGAGAGAAGAAUUAUCUUAAAGGACAGCCUCAUCAGGUAUCUUUCCUAUCCAAAUUUAUACUUUUCAAAAUAUUACGAUAAAAACGAACCAAAUGAAACCCCUUAAUCAAUAGGAUAGAAGAAGGCAAGAGCUCUAUUCAAAGCCUACAAGAAGCGAUAGAUAAUGAGAUAAAACGCAUUUCUUUUACCUACUUCUCAAAAGAACGAUAGCAAAGGGCUAAAAUCCUCUUUGGCGGUAGGAAUAAAUGUGAUAGUGCCUGAAAAUUGA